AUGUCAUCUGUAACUCGACUCCAUCUGUUAAGCAUGUUAAAUGUCAGUUGCCAGAAGCAGACGCAUUGCAGUUCACUUCCCGCUGACUCUCCUACAGAGAGCUCCAUGGAGUUUGUGGGACAACCAGGGCCUUCUGGGGCCUGUAACCUCUUAGGAGUGCCAGGCCUCAGCCCCCUGGAAGUGGACGACGAUGAGUGUGACGUGGUGAUCGGCAUCAGGCCCAAAUCUUCUCCUCGCCCUCGGAGAAGGAGCUCUGACAGUGACGAGGACUCGGAGCCUGGGCCGCCCAUGUCUGCCUCCAGGAGAGUGUCCUUUGCAGACGUCAAGGGCCUCAGUUUGGUGCAUGUGAAGGAGUUUGACACUUGGGAUGUACCCAAGCUGCCCCAAUGUGACUCUUCUGUGGGCGAAGGUACAGAUGCAGAGGUAUACUUCCUAUCUCCUCUCACUUUCUCCCUUCCGUUGUCUACCGAGGAGCUGUUUGUCAGAGUCCGGGAGCAGAAAAUGGAACUGGAGACCAUCGAGCUACUUCCGGGGACCACGAUACUGAAAGGAGUGAUCCGUGUCCUCAACAUCUCCUUCAACAAAGCGGUAUACGUCCGAACCACUUUGGACACCUGGUCAAGCCACUUUGACCUCCUGGCAGAGUACAUGCCCGGUACCAGUGACAGUCUGACGGACCGUUUCUCGUUUAAGCUCACCCUGGUGCCCCCGUUCGGAGAGCAGGGAGCCAGAGUUGACUUUUGUCUGCGAUAUGAGACUUCGGUGGGCACAUUCUGGGCCAACAAUAACGACAGGAACUACGUGCUGUUCUGUCACCGGAGAAUGAAGGAGAGGAAAGAAAUGCCACAGAAGGAAAGAUUGAACAAGAAAAGCUGCCUUAAGACUGUCAGUCAGAGCUUCUCCACUGUGGAAAACAUUUUUGCAACGGAAGCUUCAUCUCAGGAGAACAUUUCAACAGAUGUGUCAAAGCAUGGAGAGAUAGCGGACACCAUGAAAGCCGAGCAAAUCUCCGACGGCCAGUCAGGAACUUCAGAGGAGGAUCGACAGAAAUUACUGACCGAGAGCAGACGGAACAGCAGCCAAAGAAGUUGCAGAAAGGCUGCACGGAUAGCUCGGGUGAGGGACUACUUUUCUCAGAGAGAUGGAGGAGCGGAUGAAACUGAAAGAGAUGAAUCCCCUCCAGAGGCAAACCUGGCAGCUCAAGAAGAAACCCCCGAGCAAAAUCACUCAGAUGUGCAAUCAUUUCCUGAGGGGAGCAGUAAAUCAGGAAGUUCUCCUUUUGUUUCUGAAUCUCUGGAGACAUGCAGCGAACCUCUCAUUGAUGUUCCACAUGAUACAUCACCAUCACACAACCACACGUCUGACAGCGAGACGGAGAAAUCUGAGAGCAUCAAUUUGGCUGACUCGGCCACAUUAACAGGAGGUGAGAGAGCCGCAGUUAUCCCAGACAACCCAUCAAAUGAUGAGCCUGCUUCUGCAGAAUGUCAAAAUAUCAACAAGUCUGUCUCGAAAGCAGAGGAAAACAGUCAGAGGCAAGGCACGAGUCAUGAAUGUAUUGGCAACACUGCAGCUCAACCAGCUGGCAGUGAUAGUUCAGAAGGGAGCAGUGAAAGCCUUGAUAGCCAGACCAACAGCUUCACAUUUGGAAUUGUGGUGGCUCCGUUGUACCAUCAGGUGUUUGGCAGAGUAGGAAAUGAAAGUGAUUGGGGAAAUCCAGUACAGGCUACAUUGCAUGCUGGAGACUUAAGAUACCCUCACACUGAAAGAAGACAGACUAGCUGCACUGGUAAAACAGAUGCGAGAGGUAACGAGGGCGAGGGACAUGUGAUUAAGGGUCCGCAAGGAUGCUUAGUUACAAAUAGUCCUCCUAUGGGAAAAGAAGAAACAAGUUUGAGCGUGACAGCAAACAACAUCCCAGACAAAACAGAAACUCUGCGGGAUACAGAUGAUAUUACACAUUCAGAUCAGAGACGAACAAAUACAUCUGAGGUUCCUAAAACUAUUUCUGGAGACACGGUAGUACAUUCACAUACUGCAAACAUUUUAAAUACAGAUUCGUUGAAUCCACAAAAACCCGCUGAGAGUUUACAUCUCCAGGGAGAAGCACAGGAAGACAAUCUAACCCAUGACCCCAAACUGCAAGAGCAUACAUGUACACAAACUAAGACGAAUCUAGAUGAAACACCUGCAGACAGUGAAACACAAGAAGUCAUGUCAUCAUUUAUGUCACUUCAACCUUCUAAGAGUGUAUCAGGGCGUGUUAAGGAUGACGUUUGCGAAACAGUAACUAUAUCAACAACCACUGCCAUUUCAGAGGAGGAUAAAGCAUUUGAAGCUUUACAUGAUUUUAAUCCUAAACACAUGAAUAAUUCAGCUACGGAAGAAACUGAGAUUAGUUACGUUACUUGUUUUGAAAUUGUGGAGGAAAAGGAUGUCACAGCACCGGAGAUAUCUCUUGAAACUAUUAAUGUGGAAGAAGGAAAUAAAGUAGGGAACAACUCGCCGAAAGACGGAACAAAACACUCAGCCGAAAAAGAGAUAAUUGGUGAGGUAGUUGAGGCAACGGCAAAAGCAACGAUUAAUAAACACAUGCAUGGUGACAUGUGUGUGGACCUCAAAGAUGAGGACGCACAAAACAGAGAGCAUCAUGAAAUAGAAGCUACUGUCGCAAAACAGGAGGAUUUUUGUUUAGCAGACACGACUGACGUAAACUGGGAAAUUAUGGUUGAAGAAGAGGAGCAAAACAUAUUAACCGAUGAAGAGGAAAGUGAUGCAAUAAUUUUAAAAACAGUGGGGAAAGACCAAGGACAGUUGGAGGAUGCAGGGAGAGAGACAGCAUUAGAAAACAAAGAUGCAACAGAGGCGGAAAAAGAGGACAAAAUGGUUUGGGACAUUAAAGCUGCAAGAGAGGAAAAGAACAAGGCUGAGGAUGUAGAUGUUUCAGAGGGCAAGCAGAAGAUUGGACAGGAAAUUGGGGAGAUUAUGGCAGGAAAAGAUGGGGAAGAAGUUGCAAAAGAAUUAGAAUAUGUCCAAGACACAAAUGAAGCUGGAGAAGAAGAUCUAGCUGAGGAGAUUGAAGAAGAGAAAAUAGAAAAACAAGAGGAGACUGAGCUGGAGAAAGCAAAACACUUUGCAGACAUACAUGACGUUGAUACUGAAAAGACAAAUGUCCAAAAUGAAGAGGAUAUAGAGGGAGAGGAAGAAAUAGAAAUAGACCUGAGCGAUGAUGAUGAAGCAGGUGUGGAGUGGGAGGAUCAGGUAAAACCAAGGGAGGUAAACGAAGAAGAGGAGAAUCCAGAUUACGAGGAGGACAUUUUUGUUGUUGAAACGGGAGAGUCAGAGAUCAUCGAUGCAGAGUCAGAGAGCGUGGCGAUAGAGGACGGGCAAAAUGAAGCGGGGUGCUUUGAAGUAAGGUUAGACAUUACACAAAAGCUCGGGGAUGGUUUAUCUGCUCCGGUGAACAAUGUGCAGGACAAGAGAGUAAUUGACGGAGAAAAUGGACACAUCCCAACUGAAAUUCAUCUGUACAAAGAGGAAGCUUUCCAAAGCAAGGAGGCUGUUACACAUGACCUCACAAAAGCUGCGGGAGAUGACAACGAAUCCGUUGCUGCAGAGGGAGGUUCGUUCAUUUUCACGGAUGAACCUAAAAACGAUCAAACGAGCCACGACAGCGCUUCAGCAGAGUCCGACUCAGAUGACGAGGUGGAGUUGUACAUGCACUGCCUCAGGGCCGUGCACACCGGGGCACAGGCCGAGACGGACAGGAACAAGGACACAGGUUUUGGUGAGGGCAAAUUAAGGCCCUCUGUAAGCAGAGGCAAAAUGCUGCCCACACCCAUGCCAUCCAUCAGUGAGUCUCAGGAUGAGGAACAACACACCGGCCGCCUUCUGGACACUCACGAGGACGUGGAGACAGCAGACGUCCAACCCACAGCUCUGCCAGCGUCAAGUGGACAGGAGAGCAUCGAUAGAAGUGGUUCAUGGUGGAAAGAGACUUUUUCCUGCAGCAAUAUCUCAAAAACAUUGUUGUACGCCACCUUGUUAGUGGUAUUUUUAGUGGUGGCCUACCGGUAUGAUUUUCUUGCCUGUUUGGGGCUCUACUUGAUAUCAGUGGUUUGGCUCUACUGUCAAGGAGAGAGGCAGACAAAGCAACAACAAAAAAAACAGAAUAGGAUGAAUUAAACCUUAAACUGUAAUACUAUCAUACCGUCAUUUGAUAUUUCCCUUUAUCUGAAGAUAUAUGAACAAGACCUAUAAUGGUCUAAAUAGAAGAAGAUAAAGCGUACAGAAGUGAAUAACAAUGGGCAUUAAUUUAAAGUAAAUAUGACACAUAUCAGAAUAAAUGCUGUAUAUUCCCUAUGGGAGGAUGCUAACUCUCUGUUGUCAAGAGUAUGAACCAAUUUUCUUUAUUCUUUACUGUACAUAAAGCUUAGCAUCGACUCAGACUGCAGGCUGUGGACCAUUGCUCACACUGAUCAGUUCUGCAGAACGUUAAUGCAUUCUUGAGGUGCAAAAAGCAAUCAGUGUGCCGUGUGUGUGGAUGCCACUUAUAGAUCACUGUGUCUGUGUAGGGUACAUUUAGUUUUCAUAAGCCUGGAAUGAAUAAAUUGUACGAGACAAAUGA